AUGAGUGCCCUGAAGUACAUGUUGCCUGCCACUCCCUCCUGGUACUACAGUCGUGUGAUGGACUCAAGCAGUGACGGCCUCAUCUGUUUCGGAUCCCGAUCCUCUGUCAACGUCUGGGAUUUAAGGCACUCUAAUGUCAGGCUUUAUCCGUUCCCUGUCGUUCAUCACAAUGAUAAAGUUGCCGGAGUUUCUUUUGCUAGUGCAGACGGAAGAUAUGAUGGUGAUGAGCGGGCAGUUGUUAGUACUAGUGGUGAUAAACUUUUUGUCACAAGAUUCAAUUUAAAGACUUUUAAAUGCACUACAGAGUCUGAAAAUGAUUCACAUAGGAAUAAGGUAACAGUUGUGCAAUGGAGCCCAUUAAAUGAAAAUAUGAUAGUCAGUGGUGAUGACAAAGGUUCUGUGUGCUUCUGGGAUAUGAGCAAAGAUGUAAAAGUAUGGUACACCUGUCAACAUUCUGACAAUUACAUUAAUUCUCUGUCUGUUUCCACUUCUAAACAUAAUGAAGUUGCAGUUGGACUGAAAGUAGGGAUUAUAUUGAUUCUUGAACUGGUUGACAAGAAAGUGGAGGUGCUGUACAAGUUGAGAGGUCACGAAGAAAAUGUGCAGUCCUUGCAUUGGCUCAGAUGCCAUCAAGAUCAGGAUAAAGAUGACGUUGUUUCUAGAUUGGUGUCAGUCUGCAGAGACAAAACAUUGAAAUUAUGGACACUGAAGAAACAAAGACAAAAUAAUUGGGAUGUUUCUACUGUCAGUUUGUUCAAAAAGAAAUCAGAGAGGUGGUUUAGUUUGAGCAGUAUUCCAGAUUCAGACAGCCAAAUGAUAGUAUCAUCUGCAAACGAGCUGUAUACAAUCAACUUGACUGCCGCGAAACUUAAACUUCAACCUCUGGUGAGAAAUCUGAAAGGUCACAGUCUGGUUAUUUUCAAUGUAGUGUCGUGGAGGAGGAGGUCAGGGUCAAUGGGUGAGGGCUUUGAUGAUGUCAUGAUGGUCACUUUUUCAAAAGGUCUUUUUGCACUUGGGGUGGGUGACAACACAAUUCAAACAAUGACAUUGAACAACGGCAAGUGCACCAACAAUAGAACUUUCUGGCAGUUCAUGAAAUCAAAAGUCACAGCGGUACGUUGGCAUCCAACUAGUGACAACUUGUUGGCAUUUGGAACGGAAGAUGGAAUGGUGGGACUCGUCAACACAGCCGCCAAUGCCAAGACGUUGGUUGUCAUUUGA